UACCCAAAUUCCCUUUAUAAUAGCCCCCACCGUGCAAACCAUUAUCUCAUCUCAUCUGUUCCAUUCUCUUUGCCUAUAGCCACUUUCUGUCCGAUUACCUAAACCAAGUUCAUGGCAACUCCCAAUAAUAGGCUCUCUCUCGCCAUGGAGAGAACCGGGCAAUGGGUUUUCUCUCAAGACAUACCAACUGAUGUUAUAGUUCAAGUUGGAGAAACAACUUUCUCGCUCCACAAAUUCAUGCUCGUGGCAAAGAGCAACUACAUAAGAAAACUGAUACUGGAAUCAAAUGAGAGCGAGCUCACCAGAAUCGACCUCUCUGAUAUGCCAGGAGGUCCUGCAAUCUUCGAGAAAGCCGCAAAAUUCUGUUACGGCGUCAACUUUGAAAUAACCGUCAACAACGUCGCCGUUUUGAGAUGCGCCGCGGAGUUCCUUGAGAUGACGGAUCAGUAUUGCGAAAAUAACCUCGCGGGGCGGACGGAGGAGUUUCUCACGAAGGUAGCGUUCUUCACGCUCACUGGCGCCGUCACCGUCCUGAAGUCCUGUCACAACCUCCUCCCCUACGCGGAUGAUAUCAAAAUCGUGAAACGCUGCGUCGAGGCCGUCAGCGCCAAGGCCUGCAGCGAAGCCAAUUUUCCCAGCUGCUCACCCCCUAACUGGUGGACGGAGGAGCUAACCGUUCUAGACAUGGACUUCUUCAGCAGAGUAAUUGCUGCCAUGAAGCAACGCGGCGCAAAGACUCUAACUGUAGCUGCCGCUCUUAUAACUUAUGCAGAGCGAACACUACGAGAUCUCGUCCGGAAUCACACAGGCAAUGGAAUUCGCUCGUCAGAUUCUGGAGAUUCCGACUCCAAAUCUAAACAACGCAAGCUUCUCGAAUCAAUCGUGGAUCUCUUUCCAGGUGAGAAAGGAGCGUUUCCGAUCCAUUUCCUGUGCUGCAUCCUCCGCUGCGCAAUUUACCUCCGUGCCUCCACUGCCUGCAAAACUGAGCUCGAGAAGCGGAUUUCCUCCACUUUCGAACACGUGACAGCGGAUGACCUACUCCUGCUCUCCUUUACCUACGACGGUGAGAGACUCUUUGAUCUCGAGAGUGUCCGUAGAAUAAUUUCGGGAUUUGCGGAAAGUCAAAGAGGCAACGCGGUUUUCACCACAGGCGAGUCGAAAGAGCCUUGCUCCGCGGCUAUGCAGCGCGUGGCAAAAACAGUGGACGCUUAUCUCGGGGAGAUCGCCGCACACGGCGAUCUAAGCAUUUCGAAGUUCAACGGCAUAGCAGUCCUGAUUCCUAAAAGCGCACGUAAGGUUGAUGACGAUCUAUACCGCGCCGUAGAUAUCUACCUGAAGGCGCAUCCGAAGCUGGAUGAGAUAGAGAGAGAAAAGGUGUGCAGUGUGAUGGAUCCGUUGAAACUUUCAUACGAGGCGCGUGUGCACGCGUCGCAGAACAAGCGUUUGCCGGUACAGAUUGUGCUGCAUGCGCUUUACUACGACCAGUUGCGGCUGCGGAGCGGAGGGCAGGAGCGCGAAGUGGCGAAGGAUAAAAGUGAGCUCCAUAUGGAUGUUUCGUUGGUGAGAGAGAACGAGGAGUUGAGAACGGAGUUACUGAAGAUGAAGAUGUACAUUUCUGAUUUGCAGAAUAAGAACGUUAAUAACGGUGAGAACACUCAUGGCAAUGGAACGACGUCGUCUGGAACAACAAAAAAGACAACGUUCUUCUCUUCCGUUUCGAAAACGCUGGGGAAGUUGAACCCGUUCAGAAACGGGUCGAAGGACACGACCCAUUUGGAAGAUGGGAACGUUGAUUUGUCCAAGCCCAGAAAGAGAAGGUUCUCUGUGUCUUAGAACUUACAAGUUAAAUCGAUUGAAUUAAAUUAUUAUGCAAUGUUCAUCGAGGUUAUGAUUACUUAAUCGUUUUUUCUAGUGUUUGGAUUUUCCGUUGUGCAUGUGCAGAAUUCAUAUAUAGAAAAUGUUUUUGUUCUGGUUGUUGCCAACUUCUUUCAUCAUAUACACUAUUUUGUUAGUUGUGUAUUUAUAUACAAUCUUAAUCAAAAUGAGUGAAAAUCGAUUGGA